AGAGAAAAAAUGUUAUGUACAUGAUCCCUACUAUUGUAUUGUAACUACAACAAUUUAUGUAGCACCUUGGACCUAUAUGACUUUGAAUAUCCCAUUUCUUUUUGCCCAUGUUUUGGCUCAGCAUCUGUUUGGGAUGGAAGAAAAUUUUGAAACUAGUGUUGUUUGUCAUCUGAGAGCUUCACUAUCAACUCUAACAAUUCACACAAAGGCUAAGUGCCAUAUUCAAUCGGAGCGGUUGAGUUUAAAAUCAAGGUGCAAAAGAUGGCACCGAAGGGGGGUGCAGACCUUAUUUACAAGAUAUCGACUCAUCAUAUAUUGAAUUAGUUA